AUGGACAUUGAUCCUGACAAUGCUGAUUCUUAUGGCAGUGAUUGUGGUCACGGUGGUAUUCGUUCAGGAGCUGGUCGUAAGAGGAAAAUACGAUCAUCAUCAAUUGAUAUAAUGACAGAUGCAAGAAGAAAACAUGCUGCACGUCGACAAGAAACAGAUGAAUUGAGAAAAUGGAUAAAUGAAUUAAAAUGGUCGCAUCAAGGUGUUCCAUCGACUCGUCGUGAUAAUGCUACAGCAUUGUUGUUUAUAUUUAAUCUAUUAUUAGAAGAUGAUAAUUUAACACAAACAGAAGCAAUUGAUACAGCUGGUCGAUAUUUAGGUCGUAGUGCUGCUGGUUUAUGUGCAUUGGUAGCACAUUGGAAUAAAUAUCAAGAGAUAUACGUUGAAUCAGGUACAAGAGGCAGACCAUUUGGUCAACAAUCAUCAGAAUUAUUUGUAUCUUUACCUCAUUUUGUUAUGACAAGUAUUAUGGAUCGUCAUGCAGAAGGUAAAGCUACUACGAAUACAUAG